CAUCAGGAAAGGGUCAGUGUGAAUGCAGGGACGCCUUAGAGCAUAAUGGCAGAGCCGGAUAAUUUUAACGGGUCGCAGCGAAGACGGUCACCUAGGCUGAGUUCCCCUCUUCAGCCUGGCAUCAAGACUGACAACAAAUUGGCGCGGGAUAUCGUCUCUGUUAAACGCUCUAUCACUGUGAGGAAAAUAGCGCCCAGGAAAACAGUCAUACCGCCGGAGAAUAACAAGGAGAACGCGCCGAUACGGUCGGAGUCCGAAGGCAGCCAGCAGAAAAAGCAGAACGUUUCCACACCAGAUCCCGUACCAGGCCGUCGGGGCUCCACUUCGGCCAAGAAGAAAAGGGCCGCUAUGCCCUCACCUAUUCUCCCCUCCUCUCCGCUAGCUUCUUGCCCUCAAAAACCGGCGGAGGAUCCAGUGGACGAAGUAUGGUCGCAGAAAGUGCGCCGCUCCUACAGUCGGCUCAGUGACAAGUCAUUGAACAGCCCCAACUGUCGUGAGACUUUAUUCGGCUUUGAGAAGUUGAAUACCCCCGAGGUGGUCCGGGUGGUCGCACGAUCUAAGACCAGUCUGGAACUUUCCGGAACCUUGUCUGGUCUGAAUUCAUUCACGUCUUUGCUUGAGGCGGAGGACUUUGGUUCGGGUUUUCCCGAGCCGGAUCCAAAUAUCCCCGGAGUGGCUGUGGUGAAGGAGAAAAGGAGGAGGAGGAAGGUGCAGCAGAUAGACACCACACAGCUGGAUGCAAUGGCUGCAAAGAUGAACGCAGAGUUUGCGGAAGCAGAGAAGUUUGAGCUGGUCGUAGAGUAACUUUUGAGACUGAAAGACUUGAACGAACGGAAGAAAUCGCUGCCAUGUUUUUUUUUUUUUGCUGGGGGAGAAACGGACACUGGGAGGAGCACACUAGAAAUGGUUGUUUUAUAUGUUACUAAAAAGAUUCGAGUUUUUGGAGAUUUCCAGUUUAUUUUUAUUGUAAAUUUUCUUUCCUUGCUGUUCUCUUGCGUGUUCAGUUGAAUGCUCUUAAUGUGGUUGUUAAACUCAGUAUGUAGUGAUAUGAAGGUAUGAGUGUGGAUGAUCAUGCUCCCUGUUUUGGUUAUCAUUGAAACAUUUAUAUAGGUUUUGUUUACUGUAAUUUGGCAUGCUAAAAGUCUGACUAGGGAUGACAGAUACAUUUUCUAAGCUUCUUUUUAAACUGACUAAGUGGUUUGAUUAAUUUCCCAUUUUUCUGACAAAGGGAUCAUUUGAACACAUGGAGGUAUAUGUGACAUUUAAUUCAUAUUUGCAAAUCUGUGUAAACUGGCGUUUGUAAACUCUGGUAUGUAGAAUCAAAGGGCUCUAAAGAAUGGAGGCAGACUGAAUUGACAUUUGGUUUUCUUUGUCCAUUAUAUUUUAAUUGCUGAGAGAUGUGGGCAGCACUUCAGGUGUCUUUGUCCAGGAUACGUUUGUUUUACAUCCACAUUUGACACGUUUUUUGCCUGCCUGUAAAUCAAAAUCAAUACUCAAGCAAUUAAACUACAAAACUGCAAAUAAACUAAGAUCCUUCAUUUCAAAGAGCACAUUUUGUCACUGUUUUCAAUAGCAAUAGUUUUAGCCAUGCUCAGUGGAGUCCAAA